AGACAGUGAACUGGUGUGGAUGUUAGACAGCAUGUGAUCCCAGUAUCAUGUAAUGACUCCACCCACAAUACUACUGCAGGAAAGGACUGUCAGCAUACUGCACAGGAAGUGUUUAAGGAGCUACUCAUCAUGUUGCCGCUUGCUGUGAAGGAGAGCAGGAAAAUGCUAAAACUCUGGACUCUCCUUCUCGCCUAUGCACUGAUGGUUUGUCAGAUGUAUGUCUCACAGGCAGCUCCCUCCAGUAAGGAGUUGGUAUCAGAUGGAGUCACACUAUCCGACGAUGAUGCACAAAAGCUACUCAGAGCUAUGAAGGAGUUCAUGCAGAUUACCUCAGAUGAGCAAGACCAGCAAGCAGCUGAUGGAAACAGCCUGGAUAGACCCGUGUCUAAGCGCUGCACUGGCUUAAGCACAUGUGUGCUGGGCAAACUCUCCCAGGAUAUUCACAAACUACAAACCUAUCCCCGCACAGAUGUGGGAGCAGGGACGCCUGGCAAGAAGCGAAGUUUAUCCGAGCUAUAUGAGCAACUCAAACAACUGAAUCCCUGAGUUUUCAGCCCAUCUAUUCUUCUUUCUGUCUGUGUGAACUUUUGCUUGUUCAUCCAGCUCUAUUCAUUCACAAGAAUGCUGAUGCAUUAGGAUCCUGCAUUAUUUUCCUCUGGCAGGCAGUAGAUUUAUGACAAACUUAAAAAACUUUGGAUCAACCACAAAAGCUGCGUUUCUCUGGCAACUUUCUUAAUUAUAAUAAAACAUAGGAACAGCUAAAAACCUUUCUGAUAUUGACUUGUCUCAUCAAUGUAAUAAUGUGCCUCUUAUAAUAAAUGAAUAUUUUACAAUUGAGCUGUAAUUAAUCCUUUCAAGAUUGACAACAGAUAAAAAUCACUGACUAUGCAAAUGAAAGGAGAAAGGGGUAAGCAUGGCCGUAAAUGUCUAUACACAUACAAUGAAUGGAAUUUUA